CUUAAUGUCAUUUUAUACAUCUUACUUUCUACUUACUUCCUUUCACUACCAUCGAUAUCGUAUUACUUCCAAGGUUUGGCGUGGUUUUAUCAAACAAAGCUAACAAUCAGUGGAUCGUUUACGAUAAUAAAAUAAUUUGUUUGUAAUAUCCCAACGGGUGGAAAACAGAAUUUAUGUGGUUUAGGAGCUUAGUGUAUUUCUUUUAAAGAAGCUGAUCAUCUGCGCAUCAUUCAUUUGAUUGUACCAUCGGUCUACUCCCGACAUCUAGUGGAGUUUUAGUCCGAUAGCUGACAAUUCCCAUCUACAAUUUUCAUAAAUCCUACUUUGUAUUUGUCUACCUGAAUCCGUCCGCAUUACUUCUAAAUUUCUUGCAGAAUGUCAGUGAGUCGAUAAAUGGGAAAGAAAAAGAUCAGCAACACACAGCCCUCGUGUGAUUUUUGUUUCAGUAAACAUGGUUUGGAGGAUCUGGAGUCAUUAUAUCCCACACUCAUAAAAGUUGCCGGAUGUAAUGAAUUGCCCUUACUGGAUUUAUCUUCAAUCCAAAUGGAUUUGGAGCAAAUUCUGGCUAGCGUAGUAGAGCGUGUUAUUUGCCUAAAAGCUGAGUCCAAAGGGAAGGGUUUACCUGUUAAUAUCAUUUCUUCACUAAAAUAUCAAAAAGGAAGCUGUGAGCCUGAAUCUAAUCAACAAUGUCUCUCGAAAUCUUCGUUGGUUGUUAAAGCUAAUCCUGACAAACCACUUACUUUAAUAAUAUCUCAGCGCUCAGGUCCUUGUCCGAAUUCUCAGUCAAUACUACCUGUUAUUUCUAGUGGAUUUAGCAAGGCCAAACCUUCGGUGAGUGCAUUCGGCCUGCGACGGUCCAGCAGAUCGUCCGUUGAAGAAGCACCUGAGGCGAAUUCCCCCACAUCUGACAAGAAUCAGUUAUCUGCAAGUUAUGCUAUUCCGAAUAAAUUCUGGGAAUUAAUGGAACCAUAUUGUGCUGAAAUAACGGAGGCGAAUGUCAGUUACUUAGAAAGCCUUAUCCGAUCAUAUCAGCAUUUGGAAUCAAUUUACUUUCAUUUGCCUGUACUCAAACAAAGUGAAUCGUGUAAAAAUGAAACCAGCGAAGCACCAGCUUGCAAAAGACUUAGACGUGGUUCUUCUCAAAUUUUUCAACAGGCCACUACAGACGAAUCAUUGUGUUCAUUGAAUAACUGUAAUUCGUCCAUGUCCUCAUCUCAAUUGCUCAAUGUAACCAAAUACUUGGAAACAGAGCUCAAAAAACCAGUCCCUGAAUCUUCUAUGUUAAGUAAAAUAUCUCAAUCCCUUUUGGAAUCUUGUUAUCAAGACGAUAUACUGUCAAAUUUUAGUGGAAAAUUAAAUUUCACAACAAAUCAAGUAAAAGAUAAUGAAGUUGAAGAUAAUCAAUCAGGAUGUACUGAUCCUAGUAGUUCCGAUUAUGGAACUAUAUCAUCUGAAGCUCUCCAUGUCAACAGAUACAACAAUAACACCAAUUCGUCAAACACAUUGAUAAAUUCACAAGUGACGAAUUAUCCGUCAUCAGGAUCUACGAUAACAAAUCACAAUUUCUUAAUCGAUCCACACUUGCUUACUUCACGCGCCAGUGAACCACUUAAAAGUAUAGCUAAACAAUUACGUGUCAGUUCAUCAUAUCGAGUAGAAAAAAAGAUUGCACAGGCGAUUGAUGAACUGGGCUUGUUUCCCCUUAGUGUUUUACAUCCAAAAGUCUCACCUUUGGUUGAAUCUAAAGAAGAUUGCAAUCCUCACAAUAUAUCUUCCAGCGCAGUAUGUCAUGAUACUGUUUCUCAUUCAACAAAGUUGAUUAUCCGAAAAAAUAAAAUUACUUCAUCAAAUUCAGUGAAAUCAAGUCCAUUGAAACAUUCAGAUGAAGUUCAAGAUACUCUUGAGAAAAAUCAUGUUUUCAAAAAACGGCGAGUGAAUAAUGACAAAUCAUUAUCUCCUUUACCUGAACAUCACAGUAUGUGUUUCUCAUUAUAUUUGCCUUUAAAAAUAUAUCGUCUUUGCGCUUGCAUUUAUCCUCCGACAUCUCGAUUUUAAUUUCCCCUAGUAUUACGUAUAGCAAGUAGUGUUUCUGACAUUCCUUUUUAUUUUUAGUUAUCACUUUGUGUCUACUGACAAGUAACAUAAAUUUUAUGCAAAACUUUUAACUACAAACUAGAACACUCAAAGCAGGUUGAACCAUAUGAUUUACAUGUUCAGUUGUAUUAAGAAAGCAAUUCUUUCAAAUUCUUUUCAUUAUAACUAUGAGAUAAUUACAUGUAAACAUUUGUCAAGAAGCUUUAACGAAGUUAAUGUGCCCAACCGAACUGGAGAAAUUGAAAUCGCACACUGAAAUUAUUCAUAACCUUCUUCCUUUCCAUAGUUAUACGGCAAUGAAGACGUGAGUUGAAAGACGGUUUUAUAAGACUGAAAUAUUUAGAUGCAUCAUAACUUCUCUGUUCGAGGUCGUAGGGAUUGUGAAAUUGGGUGACUUGAGCUGUUAUCAGAUAUGCCUCUGAAUAAAAGCCAUCGGUGAUCCUGUUAUAGUCUUCUACUACUCUUUAUAAAAUAAAAUAAAUUCCACCAACUGAAAUCUUUCCUGGUUGUGUUUUUAACCUCAUUGUAUCUCUAAUUAAACACCGUUUUCACUGAUUUCCUUAUCGAAUGUAUUACGCUUUCACCCAUCUUAUUACAAUAUGAUCGCUUCAUUUCUGUAGCGCGUUUUUUCGGUGACUUAUUGUCCCAGGAUUCAUAUAAUUCAGUAGGCAAUAGCUGUUUUAUAUAGAUUAUGAAAUUUGGAAAAAUUAGUGUUAUUGAAUUCUCUAAGCCAGAUGGUUUUCAUUGUCUUUCUGCAUAAAAUCAUCAAUGCUUACUUCAUAUAGAAGUGAGCUUCCUAGUUGUUCCAUAAGCCUUAAAUCGUUCUAUUUUGUUACCCUUGUUUGUGAAUAAUUUUCGUCAUAGGUUUCAUUAUUUGCAUUUUUGUUUUGGGACGAGAAAAAUUAACUUGAAUAUCAGAAUAAAUAAAAGUAAUGAAACCUACGACGACAAUCAAUCUGAAACAAGAUCAACAAAGCAAACCGAUUUAAGUUUCAGAAAAUAACUAUUCAGCUCACUUCUACAUGAAGUAAGCGCUCAUGAUGUGACAGUGAAUGACUGUCAUAAUAUGUCAUAUACUGAUUAAAGUUGACAAUGCCUGAAGAUUCUAAGUUAUGUUACUGGUGUCAGGGUCACAAUUACACACUACUUUGUCGUCUCGAACUAGAACAAAAUGACUGUGUAAUCCCCUCUGAUUUUUAAUGGCUGUUUAGUUCAUAUCAGUUUGUGAUAAAAAUUCAUUAUAAUCGUCACUUGUGUGCUACGAUUAUCUACCGUACUACCCUACGUUAUUAAUUUCAUUCACCCAUGCUAUAUAUGUUUUCUUUCUAAGAUCUGCCACCCCCCUCCCACUAUUAACAAAUAAUUUGACCGUAUGCUAUUUUCAAUAAUAUGCAUUCAUUUGCAAAAUGUUCUUUGAUAUGAACUGGUGCUCUUUUCUCGCUAUCUAUUCUCAAUAUAAUUUUCUUUUUUUAGAAAAUAUAACAUACAAUUCAUGUUUGAAUUAAUCGUUUUUAUGUCUGUGUGUAUGUGGAGGCAUUGAUCGCAACUUUAAUUUAUUAAUGCUAUCAAAGGGCAUAGAGAUUAAAUCGUAUUCACACAAAUGCUAUAGCACUUUAUUUGUUUAUAGAAAUAGAAUUUGAUCUAUUUAAAUCAAUAUUUUAUAUUGUUCUCUUUGUUGUUUUCAACCUAUUGUUCACUAUAAUCGAUUAACAAACACUAAAAAGUUGUCUUAAUGUCUGUAUUGCCUCACUUAGUUCUCGUUGUUUUUCACUCUCUCUCGCGUGCGCUUUCUCUGAUUAACAUUGUUACCAUCAUUUAAAUAAAUUCAACAAUUCAUUAUUUAUAUUCACGUUUUGGGGUUUUGACAAGGUAGCAUUUUGAAUAACCUAUCGAAAAUAAUGGGACACAAAAUAACUAUCAUUUGUCAGAUGGAUUUUUCCAGUCAACCAAUGUUGAAUCGAGUUCGUGAUCUAGCGUAUAUCCAUAGCUGCAUGUUCUAUUAAAAUACCAAAUGAUGAACAAAUUAACCGCAUAUAUAAAACAAAGGAAAAUACAUCAUGUGAACCAAAUCCAACAGAUAUUGAACAUUCCACGGAAUUAUCAUUGUUACCUGUGAAAAUGGAAAAUAUCAAUCCGAUUAUCGAUAACAAUAAUGAUAAUAAUAAUAAUGGCCGAAUUAAAUCUACAUGUUAUUUAAAAAAAUUAAAACGAAAGAAUUUAAAAAUGUCAAAAUCGUUAUGUUAUAAAAAUAAAUUACGAAACACUGUGAAUAGCAAUAGUACACAUAAUGAAAUUCUGUACAAUGGAAUAACUCCUAGUUUGGAUGAUUCAAUUGAAUCAAACAAAUCGGAUUGCAUUCCUAACUCUCAUCCUGAUCCAAAUCUUCCAACCAUCGACACUGAAUAUUUCAGUGACCUAGAUAAUCCUCCAGGAAAACACGAUCCACAUAUUAAUGUCGGUCCACGCAGUCGUAAUGGUUUCACUACUCAACUGUCGACGGAAAAUGAAAAGCGACCAAUUGAUCCAACAAGUCCUAAACAAAUCCACCACUCUCUAAGGCAUAAUCGUUUUUCACCGAACAAUUUAUCUGGAUCUCAUUGUAAUACGGACAGUAAUCCUCUAUAUGGGUCGUUAGAAAAUCAUGAACCAGUUCUCGUAAAUGGUGAUUUAUCACUAUCUGAAUUUCACAGUGAAAAAUUGACGGAAAAUGAUAGAUUAGGUGAUAAACCGAAUUCGAAUUGUAAUACUUUUGAGGGGGAUUGUGAAACAGCUCGGGUAUUAGAUUCCAACUUACACAGUUCCUUGAACCAAAAUAAUGAACAAUUUACUUCUCCACUUCAAAAUGGUCAACUCAAAUUCAAAAUAGAUUCCGACUGGACAGAAAGGACAAAUAAAACAAAUGAUUUAACAGGGAAAAGUAGUCAUGAAGCUUCUCCUAUAAUCCAGCAUAACGAUUCAAAGUCACCGGACUGUGGUAUCAACACAGUGAUUCAAAAUCAUAUGUUCUUUAGUCAAGAUACUCCAUCAACAGCAACUACACAGUAUGGAUCUGGUGCUGUUGAUGAUAUUGGCUGGGCUAUUGUUCAACGUCAACGGGAGUUGAGAUUGUUAUGCACGGCAAACCAUCGAAUGCUUCGACGACUCGUACAGGCAGCUAGAAGAGAUAUGCAACGCCAAGAAAUACAAAGGCGUCUAGCGAUCGCAGACGCUGAUGUUAUUGAAGCUUAUAAUAAACUAGAAAGUUAUCGUCCACAUCGUAAACCUCCAUUGAAACGUGAUCGUGAUAUCUCAUGGAAAGCAUUGAAAGAACGUCGUAAAAUACUCAAAGAAUUAGAAGCUUUUGAUGCUAAAUCUCCUUAAAAUUGUGAUGAUAAAAUUAAUUCAACCUAUAAUAGUUUAAAUCCACUUUGUACAUAAUUUAAACUCUAUGUUCAUUCUUUAUUGUUUCUUAAAAAAUAGAAAUAUUAUUAAUUGUAAUAUAUUUUAUUGCUUAUCUUAUCAUAUAGUAAUUGGGAAAAUGUGUUUUUUCCCUUUAAUGUUAUGUAGAAUCUCACAUCAAUAUUAAUAAAUAGUUUUGUAUACUUUAAAACAAUCUGUUUUCUGUUCUUGUUUAUUUUCUGCUUGGUUUCCACUUUUUCCAAUCAAUGCUUUAUAUAAUUUUCUCAUUGGUUUUUUUGUAUUCUUUAUGUAUGUAUGUAUGUAUCUAUUUUUUUACUCUUAUGUAAGUUUUUUUGUUCUUCUUGCUGUACAUAAAUUUAUCGGGUUUCUAUUCAGUUCGUUUUUUCUACAAUUAACUAACUGUAUACCAUGAUGCUCAGCAUUUUGUUCGAUAUCGUUUUAUGAGUUCAUUGUUUUCUUUAAUGAAACAACAGUCUUUCUACAACCUUUACUAUAUAUAUAAUGAUUAUUACUACUACCACAUUUGUUUAAUGUAUUCAUUUAUUAUAAGCAGUAGAUUUCAAAUAUACUAUCUACUGACUAAG